AUGUUCGCGCUGCGGGCGCUGACCCGCGCCCUGCACGCCGGCGACGGCGGCGCUUCAGUCGAAUCGGGACAGGCGGGCAGGGGCUACAGCCUUGGAACAAGGCAAGCCACAGGCAGGCCGAGCAGGGAAGGCCCGACGGCCAGCAGGUGGUUGGGCGCGCGUGGUCCCUCACGACUGGCUGGGAGACCGCUGCAAAGACCGCACCGGUCAACGGCAGAGGGCAAGGCGCUCGGGUUGGGCUUACCCGGCAGCACGUUGUGCAUACCUAUCUGA